GGUAUGGGUUGGGUUUCCCCACCCCUGCUUUUGCUGGGCCUCCUUCUGCAAAAGUGUAGGGAUUUUGCUUGGUUGUUACCUUUGCACCUGUCCUUAUUUACAUGCAAAAUCAAUUGCUUCACUCGGUCUUUCCGAAGUACAGGGUGUGGGCAGAAUCUUAUCUGAAGCCAUGUCCUGUUUGGACAAGUUGGACUUGCCUUGGCAACUCUCCAUUGGGUGGAGCAGAUGGGUGGAGGCAGGAAAGUAAAAUUGGGUGGCUUGUUAGCUGAGAGAGGAGAGAGGGCGGAUUGUUUGCUCACUGGAUCAUUAUAUUUAAUCUGAAACUAAAUAAUUAACUUCUUUCCCAUUUACAAAACAUUUUGAUACAAAAUAACUAAUUUAUAAGGGGCAAAGACUUAGAAAUACUCCGUGGACUUCCCCCCCCCCCCCUUUCAAAACAACUAGAGAAGACGGAGAUAGGUGAAAACCCUCAAGUGAUAUGAAAACGGGACGCAUUUCCAGGCCAAACACCAGAGCACCCUAGGAAGUUUAACUAAAAGAAUGCUCAUGUUUGACCCCGUCCCUGUCAAGCAAGAGGCCAUGGACCCUGUCUCGGUGUCAUACCCAUCUAAUUACAUGGAGUCCAUAAAGUCCAGCAAGUACGGAGUCAUCUACUCCCCGCCAUUAUCCGAUAAGUUCUUCCAGACCUCGGAAGUCCUGUCCCACGGGAUGCAGAUGGAGCCGGUGGACCUCACCGUGAACAAGCGCAGCUCUCCGCCCUCGGCUGGGAGUUCUCCUUCCUCGCUGAAGUUCCAGUCCUCGCACCGGAGAGCCUCCCCCGGACUGAGCAUGCCGUCGUCCAGCCCGCCAAUGAAGAAGUACUCACCGCCGCCCCCGGGGGUGCAGCCCUUCAGCAUGCCGCUGUCCAUGCCGCCGGUGAUGGCCGCCGCCCUGUCCCGGCACGGCAUCCGGAGCCCGGGGAUACUGCCGGUCAUACAGCCCGUCGUGGUGCAGCCCGUCCCCUUCAUGUACACAAGCCACCUCCAGCAGCCGCUCAUGGUGUCCUUGUCCGAUGAGAUGGAAAAUUCAAAUAGUAGCAUGCAAGUACCUGUAAUUGAAUCAUAUGAGAAGCCUAUAUUACAGAAAAAAAUUAAAGUAGAACCUGGGAUUGAACCACAGAGGACAGAUUAUUAUCCUGAAGAAAUGUCACCCCCUUUAAUGAACUCAGUGUCCCCCCCGCAAGCCUUGUUGCAAGAGAAUCACCCUUCAGUCAUAGUGCAGCCUGGGAAGAGACCUAUACCUGUGGAAUCUCCAGACACCCAAAGGAAGCGGAGGAUACACAGAUGUGACUAUGACGGAUGCAACAAAGUGUACACUAAAAGCUCUCACUUGAAAGCACACAGAAGAACACAUACAGGAGAAAAACCCUACAAAUGUACAUGGGAAGGAUGCACAUGGAAGUUUGCUCGGUCUGAUGAACUAACAAGACAUUUUCGAAAGCACACUGGAAUCAAACCUUUCCAGUGCCCGGACUGUGACCGCAGCUUCUCCCGCUCUGACCACCUCGCCCUCCACAGGAAGCGCCACAUGCUAGUUUGAAUGUCUCCGCCUCCCGCCUCAGCGCGUGCGGCUCCCCACUCACCCCGCUCUCUCUGUCCUCCCUCCCAUUGUCUUAACUCAUUUUUUACAUGUACAUUUUAAUUUUGAUUCAGCUGGUCUGAAUCUCUGAAUUUAUAUCAUUCAAACUUCCAUAUGGUCAGUAGUAAAUAUUCUAAUCUUCCCUCUCCUUACCACGGGUCAGACCUAAAGAAUGUGAACACUUUUUUUUUUUUUCCGGGGAUGCUAAGCAAACCCUUCUUACAGAUACGUUUAAUGUAAUGAGAACAAGGGAACAUGUAAACUAACAGAACCAAUUGUCGGUUUGUCACUGUUUUCCUCAAAAGAAGUAAAUGUAUUAGAAAUA